AUGCCGAAGAAAAGGGGCCGUCAAAGGUCAUCUCGUCACCGCUCCCGCACCGCCCGAGCUGAGCUGGCCUUCUCCGUGAGCCACAUAGAGCACCUCCUGCGCAAAGGCCACUACGCCCAGCGCCUCAGCCAGAAUGCACCAGUCUUCCUAGCAGCGAUCAUUCAGGACCUGACGUCCAAGGUCCUGGAGCUGGCAGGCAACGAGGCCCAGAAUAGUGGUCAAAGGUGUAUCACCCCCGAGUUGGUGGACAUGGCGAUGCACAACAAUGCUCUGCUCAGCGGCUUUUUUUGGAUGACAAACAUCUCCCUGGAGGCCCCGGGUCCACACUAG